AGGCCGGCAUAAAAUGUCUCAAAUUAUCCGCGAUUCGAAUUAAGGAAAUGUUCAUGACAUACUGUUGUCGGAUCCUUCUUUUAUAUGUUAACCGAAUUGUAUUGCCAUUUUAUUAUAAGAUUAUUAAGUAAUGGAUAAAAAUUAUUUGCAAGAUAUAAAUUCAAUAUACUUUUCAAGACUAUUUCCAUUUAAUGAUCUUUAUAGAUGGUUGAGUUAUGGCGAAGAGAAAACAUUUGCUUGUCGAGAAUUUGCAUUAAAUUUUCAAGGUGAUAGGUAUUUAAGAAACCAAUCGUAUCAGAAAAUUUGUGAUCUGAAACGCGCAAUAAAGAUAAAUCAUCCUGUUAAAAUCGACAUUGGUGCUGUUUACAAUAUUCCGCCUGCAAUUUAUAAAGUCGAUUCGAUAUUUUAUUCCGAACAAAAGGAACUGAUAUUCGAUAUCGAUGCCACGGAUUACGACGAAGUGAGAACUUGCUGUUCGGGAGCGGACAUUUGUCCAAAGUGUUGGAAGCACAUGGUAAUAGCCUUAAAAAUUUUAGAUACAGCAUUAAGAGAAGAUUUUGGAUUUGACCACAUACUGUGGGUAUUUUCUGGUAGAAGAGGAAUCCAUUGUUGGGUGUGCGACAGGAAGGCACGAUUGUUGAGAGGCAGUGGUAGAAUCGCUAUUGCUAAUUAUUUGCAAUUGGUGACCGGUGGUAAUUAUAAGAAGAAAAAGGUGGAGAUAAAGGAGAGAAUUCAUCAUUCCGUUAAAAGAGCCCUUGAAAUCAUAGAACCGGUGUUUGUAAAAAUGUGCGUGGAAGAGCAGAAUAUGCUAGGUACUAGCGAUGGGAUAGCAAAAUUUUUAGGAAUUAUCGAUAAAGAGGAGAUGCGUACUAUCGUGCAAAGGAUAUUUGAACAAUAUUCGACGAGCCUUACCAAAUGGGAAGCAUUCGUGCAUUUCUACAGACAUCAACUUCAAUCGGAAUCCGAGGACUGGAGCAGAACGCCGUUUCUCAUAGAAGAAAUCAUGAUUCAAUAUGCAUACCCACGAUUAGACAUUAAUGUAUCCUUUGGAAUAACUCAUUUGCUCAAGUCACCCUUCUCUGUUCAUCCAAAAACUGGCAAAAUCGGCGUUGUCUUAAAUCUUGAAACUAUUGAAAAGUUUGAUCCGAAUAAUGUACCAACUGUUUCGAAAUUAAUGAAGGAGAUCGACGCAUUCGACGUAAAGAUGAAGAAACAAGGAAUGUCCAAUCACGAACUGAAGAAAGUAGAUGAUAUUGAAAAAACUAGUCUUUGCGAAUACGUGCGUAUAUUUCACGAAUUUGUGGAUAAUCUUGUAUAUGCAAAUAAGGAAAAUGUGGCAGCGUAAAUUAAAUCAGUCGAUAGAUGAAUAACUUCUUUACUUUUUUGAUUAUAUAUUCAUCGGUAGAAGCACUUGCUUCCUACGUGCUUGUCCUUACAGAUUUAUAAAAUUCAACUUUCUCAUCGCUCUCUAAGGUUAAGCAAUGAAAUUAAUACAAAUCCUCACUAGAUUUUUUUACUACGACAACUUUAGGUUCCUAUUUUAUAAGUAUUAAUAAACAAAUUAAUAUUUUCUAAUCGCAUCGUGAAUACGUAGAUUAUAUUUUUCUACUUAAAUUGUUAUUGGAAAUAUUCCAAUUUUGUUGAUCAAUGAUAUCUAAUCCAUGUACCACAUGAGACUGACAUUUAAACAAAUGUAAUAAGGUAAACAAACACAAAUGUAUGAGAAAAAAAAAAAAGGAAAGAAAGUUAGUUAUAUUGUCAAACGAAAAUAUCGUUCACGGAGCAGCCGAAUAUGUUUCAAAUCUGAUCCAAUGAUCUGUUUCAAUGAUCCAUUACAAAGUUUGAAAAUAGCGCAAAAGAAUGUAAUACAUUGGCCCUGUUAUAAUUAAAAUGAUUAAGAAUCAA